AUGAAAUUAUUGCUGUUUUUCUUGCGUUCUAAUAUAUGCACCGCUCCGUCAUUCAUUAGUAAAGAUACAAGGUAUGUAUAUGAAAUUGGCAAUAUAACAUCAUAUUCAAAUGUAAAUUUCAAAGAAAAUCAAACAAUAUUCUAUCUUUUAAGUACUAUCUCAAUAUCAAACUGCAAUUUCAGCAAUAACACGGCUUUUGGUAGACAUAUCGAAUCAAGGGACGGUGGUGCAAUUCUUGUUCUCAAUUCCUGCUUAACAAUUAUUAAUGGGAAGUUUGAAGCUUGUAUGGCUGAUUACGGAGGUGCUAUUUCAUCUCAAUCAUCUGAUACCUUCAUGUCUGGAGUUACUUUUAAAAAUAAUAAAGCAUUCAAAUUUGGUGGCGCUGUAAUGGACUAUAGUUCAAAAGGCUUUGAAUUAGAUAUAAUCAAUUGUACUUUUGAUGGAAAUGUCGCUAAUUACUAUGGCGGAGGAAUUUCUUGUAGCAAUAUUAGAGAUAUAGAUAUUCACCAAUCGAAAUUUUACAAUAAUACUGCUGGAAUGUCUGGAGGAGGCCUUCAUAUUUGGUGUUGUCAAAGUAUAUAUUUAUAUUCAACAGAAUUCAAGAAUAAUACAGUUGAACAAGAUAAAUUGGUAGUUAAAUCUAAUAAUAAUAGUAUACCUAAAUUUUACAAUGAUGAAAACAUUAUUUCUAGAUUUCAACCAAAAGGAGGAGGCGCAAUCUUUAUAUCAAGCAAAGCAACAUUUGAUGAAGUAUAUACUUGGGUUGAUGCAUAUCAAUUAUGUUUCCGGGGAAAUAAAGCAAGUUCAUUUUCAACAAAUAAUCCAAGAGGUGAUAGCCAACUUAUAAACGGAACCGGAAAUACAAUAAUGCUUAAAGGUACAGUAUGUUUUAGGAUGAGAUUUUCCAAUGUUCCGGAUGAAAUUUUUAAUAAUAGAAACGAAUUCACAAUCGAUUCGCAAGCAAGUAUCGAAAAUGCUCACUCUAAAAUGGAAACUUGUCCUAAAAUGGAAAGUGACGGAUUGCCUUAUCCAACUACUAUUUACAAAUAUCCUCAAAUUAAGAACAAAAAUAAUGAAAGUAUUACAAGUUAUGUUCCAAGUCCUACUGGAUAUACAUACUAUGCAACUAGAAUUACCAAAGAUUAUCAGUAUCCAGAUAAGAAUCUAAUGAUUACAGCCCAAAAAAACUAUACUCAUGUUCCUUUCAUUAAUGAGACUCAUUCAUCUAAAAUUUCAGCACCUGCAGCACCAAACGGAAGUAGUUAUUCAUAUACUUUAACUAUUACAUUAGUUGAGAUUGAAUCUGGAGUUUACACACUUUCAAAAACGCUUACAUACAAAAAUGAAACACUUACAGUAACAUUUAUUCGAUAUUAUUACACAUUUCGAACUUUAAUUGAAACAAUUACUGAAACUUUGAUCUUAAUCCAAUUUCAAGAGGACAUUCCUUCAUCUAAAACUCCGGUUUCGAAAAUUAUUUUGAUUUCUACUCUUGUACUUGCAAGUGCUUUGAUUUUGGCGAUGAUCGGACUUUUCCUCUAUAGAAAGAACAGAGAGGCAAAAGAAGAUGAUGAUGACGACGAAUCAGUAAAUGAUACCUAUAAUGAUAACUAUGAAACUAGAACCGAAGCGAUUUUGGAGUUGAGUGAAGGAGAUUCGAUUGAUAAUGAGGAUCCAAAUUUCGCUGAAGACCAAAGAUACUUGGAAAAUGAUUUCUAA